GAGAACAACAACUAGAAACCAGAAGAAGAAGAAGAAGAAGACGACGCAAUUGGAUCACAGAAAAUGGCUCAGCCUGAAUCGAACCAACCCCAAAGCACACCGGAGAUCGAUUCCGCCACCGCUUUACAACAAUAUUUCGAUCGCAUCCCCGUCAGUUCCAUCUCCGGCAUCAAAUCCGCCCUCGUCUUGGAAGUGAAGACUGGGGACUGUGUUAAGGAUGCAAUAAGGGUUAUGUUUAAGAAGAAUGUGGAUUGUGCUCUCAUAGCCGAUGUCACCAGCGAGGGAUUUCCCGAGCGGUUCAUUGGUUUUGUUCAUCUCUCAAGCUUGCUUCUAUGGUGUAUUCAGGAGAUUGGGAAGUUGGAGGAUGAAAUCAAAUGCAUUGAAUCAGAGGAAACUCAAGAGAAUGUUCGUGGGAUUCUGAGUUUUCUUGAACAGAAUCCACAUAUUGGCCAAACCAAGGUGUUUGUUUCUUGUUUGAUUGUUGCAUUCCAUGGUUUCUUACUGAUAAGUUUUGGUGGGUUUUUGGGGAAAUUUCAGGUGGGUGAGUUAGGGAAAACAUUUUUGUGGGAUCCUUAUUUCCCAGUAGGGAUGAGGGAUACACUUUUCCAUGUUCUGCUAUUGCUUUCAAAGCAUCGGUUGCAGGCUGUUCCUGUAGUUCGGCUCUGCAAUUCUCACGUCGUUGGUUUCAUUACACAGAAUGCAGUAAUUCAUAUGCUUCUGGAAUCAAGUGGCUUGGAGUGGUUUGACAGCAUAGUAGACAAAGUAAUAUCGAAGUUUCGGUUUCAUAAUGAAGAGCAUGUUCUUCAUGUCUAUGGCGAUCAAAACAUUAUGGAAGCCUUUCAAUUGCUAUGGGAGAAACAAAUGGGUGCAGUUGCUGUAACAGAUAGAGAAAGUAAGAGCCUCAUUGGUUGUUUGAGGAACAGCGACACAUAUCUUCUAUUGGAGAAGGAAGAUCUAUUUCAGAAUAGAAAGAGGCUAACAGUGAAGGAGUUCAUGCAUAUGGAAUCGAGUAAAGAACAAGCAGACUCUAACCCGACAGUCAAAGGGGGCCAGAGGGCACUUACCUUGUCGAGUGCUCGUCCUCUAGUUAAGUGCAGAGUUCCAAAUAUGCACACUCCAGUCACCAUCAAGAGAGAUGACACUCUGAAGCAAGUGAUGAAAACUAUGGCAGAAACAAAUAGCUGUUUCAGCUUUCUUGUCAAUAGUUCCCACCAAGCAACAGGGAUACUCACCGUGGGAGACGUUAUAACUCAGUUUGCUCCGCCCUGUAUGGAUUCAACCAUUCAAGGAGGUGGUUUUUUUGAAUCUGCUCUGGAACAUACUGGCUGUCAGGUUAGAAAUGGGACCUUAAUUUGUAACAAAAGAUCUUAGAUAAUGAGCUGAGUUUAACCAUCUGAG